UUUAAUGGCCGCCAUUUGUCAGCUUGAGUUUGCGAGGAAAGCGUCGUUUUCUGUGCCACGAUAUAUAAACUCUAGUUAAUUAAAAAUGGAGAAUUGCCUUACACCCACAAACAAGACAAAAAUUACUUUUAACCGCACUCCAACUUUAAAAGAGCGCAGGUGGAACACCCUAAGGGUGAACACCUCCAAUGUGCGGUGCUCUACGCCUAUAUACGGGAACUUCCGUUCGCCCAAUCUCUCGCCCAUCGAGAAUAUGGGCACGAAAAAGAGUCCGGCAUCGCCCAUGCUGUUUGGAGCCUUCAAGAAGCAGCCGAUGAAGAUGCAUCAUCAGCAGCACCACCAGUAUAAUCCUCGCAAUCAGUUGAAACCCCCGAUUUUCAAUCUGCCCAAACCGCAGGAGGAGAUUAAGGAGCCGGAGCGAGAAAUAAAGAGCAGCAGCAGCCCGGAAACCUGUUCGGAUGACUCAAAUAUGGAGACCUCGUUGACCUUGGAGUCGCGUCGUCGUUCCAUUAUAGCUUCAAACCACUCGUACGCUGUAAACCAUGCCGCCAAUGUGGAGCAAAUUCUCAUGCAUAUGGGUCUGGAGAACUAUGUGACCAACUUCGAGGAAGCCCACAUUGAUCUGGUAGAACUGGCCUCCAUGAAGCGGGCUGAUCUUAUCAAAAUUGGCCUAAACACUGAUGAGGAUUGCAACCGCAUCAUGGAAGUUCUUGAUACUCUCUAAACGGAUCGCUGGCAGGUCCAACUUAUCAUCGUAGCUUUAGAUUAAAAUGUUUUAUGUGAAGAGAAACUGUGUCUUAUUAAUAUAUGUGUAUACUUAAAUAGGUUUAGUAUAGUUUUUUGUAAAGGACCUGGUGUCUUAUGGCUUCUAUUAUAUUUUGCAAGCAAGCUGAAAAAAUGUAUUUUAGGUGAUUAUCAGAAUUAUGCUUUUAAAUGUUUAAAUAAACAAAAAACUUUUAUUGUAUCCUUUGUGUGUUAAUAAACAAAUUGAAAAAAUAAAAUAUAAUUUAAUGGUAAUAUCACUAAAA